AUGGCACUGAGCUGUUCAACAGUGCAAACAUCCGUCGUGCCAUAUCAAUUUCAGCAAGGCGAACAACAGUGUAAUUCUCUCAAUCGACAACAUGAAUUAUCAUUGAUUAACGACGAUAAACAGUUUAAAAAAGCCGAGUCAUUUCCAUUUGGAAAAUGUCGCAUCUGUCGCGAUAUUGCUACAGGAGUCCAUUAUGGCGUUAUUACAUGUGAAGGAUGCAAAGGUUUUUUCAAACGAUGUAUAAGUCGAGGUAUCUCAAACCGUUGUUUAUCUGGUAAUAAAUGUACCGUUAGUACCGACACACGUAAUCGGUGUAAAUCAUGUCGAUUUCGGCGAUGUAUUGAACAAGGCAUGUCUAUGAAUAGUGUAAAAAUGGGUAGAAUACCUAAAAAAGUUAAAGAAAAAGCAUUGCGUUAUCAUAAAAAAUAUCAAGAGCAAAAUACACACAUUCAACAAGUGAGAAAUGAAAAAAUUAUAAUAUCAAAUGAUGUUCUUGACUGGAGUUCAUCGGAUCAAAUAACACAAUCUACAUCAUCUUCAUUAUCAAUGAAUAAUUAUAAUACUGAUACACAAGCAACUAAUGAGCAAAAUCCAGAUAGAUUUCACGAUACUCCAGAACUUUCCCUAUUGCCAAAACAAUCAUUUGAUCGUAUGAAUGCAUUUGAUUUAGCAAUAAAAUUAGGAAAUAACUUCAAUCAUAAUUUAUCAUUACUUUGUUUACCACAAAUUUUCUGUUCAUUAUCAGUAUCGAAAGAUUGGGCAAAUUCAGCUAAUUACAAUAAUGAUUUAUCAAUACGUACAUCAACAAAUAAUAAUUAUAUGACAGUAGCAAAAUAUAUAUCAAAAAUAAAUGAAAACAGUUUGAUUGAUACAGUUGUUAAUUGCGAAUUAAAUUAUUCGAAAAAUAUUCUUCCAACAAUGAAACACAUUUUACCAAGGCUUUGCCAACCUUAUCUUAUUUUUGAGCUUGAUUUUGAAAUUAUGUCAGUUUUUCGUUAUAUACGAUGGAAAGUAUUUCAAUCGUAUUUAAAAAAUACAAAUCGAGUGCAAAGACAUUCUCAGGAAAUGUUUCGAUUAACUAGUCGUGGUUUCACACGUUAUUCAAAUAUCGAUCCAACAUAUGAAGAAAUGUGGAAUGGUGUUCAAGCUAGUAUAGCAGCGCAUGUUAACGAAUUACUUGCUUUUGCACAACAGAUGCCUGGGCUCAAUGAAUUAAAUCAAUCGGAUUUCGCUAAAAUUCUAAAUAUUCGUAUAUAUGAUUUUUGGAUGAUUUUAAACUAUCUACUAUUUUAUAAUGGUGAGACCUAUAUCAUGACACCUGAUGGUCUACAAUAUACAAGAUAUUUUAUGAAUCAAUUGAUUGGAAAAACAACUACGGAUGCUUUACAUGACUUUGCUAAAAGUCUUCAUGCAUUGAAUAUAACACAAGUGGAACAUAGUCUUAUUAUGGCUUUAGUCAUGUGUCAACCAGAUCAACAAUUAGAAGAUCAAGAAAGUAUACAUGUUGUCAAUCAUUGCUAUAUGUAUGCAUUGUAUGUUCAAUUAUGCUCAACAAGAGCCGAAAAUAAAGCGAAAAUAUUAUUUGAUAAUAUACUUGAGAUUAUUGGUCGAAUUACUUAUAUUAACGAACUUUGUAAUCAAAAUAUUGGAAAAAUUGUAAUGGAUAAGACAAUAUCAAACGAAUGAUUGGAGUUGUUUUUAUUUUUUUCCCUUCUAUUUGUUGUGAAUUAGCUAUGUGAUUUAUAUAUACAUAUAUAUGUUUUUAUGAUUAUAAAAAUGAAAGGAACAAACAAUGCUGAAGAAUAAAGGUGCAUGAAGUAGGGAAGAUUUUGGUAAUCAACUAGAUGGUAUUCGAGUUUCGCUCGUAUAAGAAAUGCGGUGCGAAGCACGAGCCGAGUACAAGAAAAAAUAAAAAAUUUAACGGAAAAGGAACAAGCAAUCUUAAAAUUAAUUAGACAUCGUUUUGAUAUGAUUAGUUUCAUAUUUGCUUGGAAUAAACACAUUUUCCUGUCUUCAGCAGUUGUAAUAAAAAACAAAAAUGGUUUCAAUGAAGCAGAUGAUUGAAAUUUAAAAUACACUCAGAGCAGCUAUUGCCGAAUCUAUCACUACGAGAACUCCUCUAUCAAGGCUUAUGAGCGCCUCCAGAGAUGUCAUAAUAUCCUAACACUGGGUAUCGUCGACAUACC